CAGAGUUUCUUAUUUCCCAAACUAUUUCUCUCAAUCUUCUGAAAGCAUCAGCUUGUUUGGAGUUUGAAGACCUGGAACACGAUGGCAGUUAACCUGAGUAAAAACGGUCCUGCUCUGACGGCCGCCUAUAAGAAGGUGGUGGAUGCUAAGUCGGACACAGACUGGGCUCUGUUCACCUAUGAAGGCAACAGCAAUGACCUCCGACUGGUAGAGACAGGAGGUGGAGGGUUGGAGGAGCUGGUGGAGGAGCUGAACUCUGGGAAAAUCAUGUAUGCAUUCUGUCGAGUCCCAGACCCCAAUUCAGGUCUUCCUAAAUAUGUCCUUAUAAACUGGACUGGUGAAGGCGUGAAGGACUCUCGUAAAGGCAUGUGCGCCAACCACCUGAGCUCCAUUGCAAAUUUUUUGAAGGGAGCCCAUGUGACUAUAAACGCGCGUACAGAGGAGGACGUGGAGCCAGAAACGAUCCUAAACAAAGUGGCCAAAGCUUCUGGAGCCAACUAUAACUUCCACAAACAGCAAAACUACAUAGAUCCCCCGAGGGAGCAAGUGGGUUCUGUCUACAGAAAAAUCAACGCUGUAGUGGAGAUCCAACAAACCAACAAGGAUAACUUCUGGGACCAGACUCAGAGGGAUGAAGAGGUAUGGCGAAAGGAGGAGAGCAGGAGAGCGGAGCAGGAAAGGCAGAAGCUGGAGAGGGAGAGGAGGGACUUGGAUGAGAAACAGGCGAAGGAGAGGGAGAGGAGAGCAAAGGAGAGAACGCAGCAGAUUGAACAACAGCAGAUGCUUGAGAAAAAGAAAGAAGAGGAAGAAAAAGAAAGGGAGCUACUCCAACUGAAUCAGCAGGAAAACACAAGGAAGGUAACAGGAAUCAACGCUGCAGCAUCUGUUCAGAAAGCUAACGAGGCAAAGUCAUUGAUUUCUCAGAGAUCGUUUAAUCCCAGAGACAUAUUCAAACAGAAGGAGCAGAGCUUUGAAGUCAAUAACAAAACACCUCCUGCUGCAUCCCGACCUGGGAAGCUGCAAAGCACAUGGCUGAAAUCCUUUGAGACUCAAACUCAGGUGGAGCCUCAGAGUCCCACUCCAGAGCAAAAGUCUCUUUCACUGAAUUCCUUUUCUUCCGGCACAUCUGACCUGUCUGCGUUUCCUGCUGCGGUUGUCUCCCCCACACCCCCACAGACCACAGGCCUAGAUGAGCAACCUGAAGAGGAGGCUGAAUGGUCAGAUGAGUUUGAUGAUGAUGCAGAUGAACAUACUCCAGUGGGAAGUCCAGUUCAGUACGAUCUGUACCAGGCACCAGAUCCAGUACAGUCUGCUGAGAAUCUGUAUGAAGAUUUUUACCAGGAUACAACUGAGGCUGAGGAGGCUGCUAACAAUGGCAAGGGGUGCAGGGCUCGAGCUCUCUACGACUAUCAGGCUGCUGAUGACACUGAGAUCACCUUUGACCCUGAUGACAUCAUAACAGAUAUUGAAAUGCUGGAUGAAGGCUGGUGGAGAGGUUAUGGACCUGAUGGACAUUAUGGCUUGUUCCCUGCCAACUAUGUGGAGGUCAUCUCUGACUAACCCUGAAAAUAACAUCGAUGAUCAUCUCAGUGCAAUUUUUUUCCUCACACUGUAAUUUGUUUCCCAUCACAUUUGGAAAAUAAAACAACAAAAAAUGUUGCCAACCAUGAAUGCUGCCUUUGCCUGAAAUGUUUCUCUUAUUUUUUUGUUUUUUUACUGGGCUUCUGUUUAGCCAACAUUUCUAAUAUUUCACCUCAAGUCUUCAAUGCGAUGACAGCCUAUUAUACAGCGAAUGUUUCAGAACAGAUCCAGAACCAAAAUGCAGCUCAGCUCACACUGUGAAUCAGAAGUCAGUUGUAUUUCCAAAGGAAUGUCAGGGGUUUGCAUUUAAUGCACAGUCUUAGAAAGUGUUGGAGUGACGUAAACUCUGAGGUGAUAGCGCUCAUUUGAUUUGCUUGUUGAAGCCGGUGGACAAUCAAGAUCCAGAAUGUAAAACACUGUUUACACCAGGUUAUUCCUUCCUAUGGAGCUGUACAUGAAAAUGGUUUAAACUAAUCUCGAUACAGGCUUUUCACUUUCUGGACCUGGACUGCCAACUUCUAAUGGUGCAUUCACACAAAAGAAAUACAACUGGUUAGCAAAUCUGUAUGGCAACUUCACUAGGAAUGAGACAAAAUAAACCCAUGCCUCCCUCUGGGGUUCUGUAACCCAUCAGAGUUUUCCAUUGGGCACCAGAAUGAGGGAGAGGGUUGGCUGGCUGGGGCUCGCUCUGCAGCCAAUGUAGGAGAACUUAUGAUAAAUAAUUCCUCUAAAGUGAAAUCAAAACAGCUUUUUUU